CUUCGGUAAGUUAGCAACAGGAAAGUCUAAUCAUGGCAAUGGUGUGGGCAGUGAUCCUUGCUUGCAGUUUCUUGUGUACAAGUCCUCAGAAAAUUUACUCGGAAGAAAACGAUCGCUGUGCUAGUGAUGGAAAGACAAUGAUGCAAAUACGAGAGGUUCUGAUUCAGCAAGAGAGGUUCCAAGAAAUUGUAGAUUCCCUCAAGAAGAUGAUGAAGAGACUCGAGGAAGAUGUAACCAUGAUCAAAGGCUUAAAAAUAAACUCUGAUUGUCAGGAUCUAUUUUUUGCUGGACACAAGCAGUCUGGAAAAUAUCUUAUCGAUCCAUUUGGCAACGGAAGCUACGUCAAAGUUUACUGUGACAUGGAGACUGAAGAAGGAGGGUGGACAGCAAUUCAGAAACGGAUAAGCGGUUCUGUUGGCUUUAACAGAACUUGGGAGGAAUAUAAAAAAGGAUUUGGAAACGUAACAGACUCUUACUGGAUAGGUAAUGACGUGAUUCAUCAACUGACAAAGGGAAAGAACUCCUCCCUCUACGUAUCCAUUACAUUAAGAAAUGGUACAACGUUAUACGAACGUUAUCAUCAGUUUUCGGUCUCUGACGAAUCUGACAACUACAGACUCUUUCUCGGGGGACCAGCUACCAGGAAUUUGGGCAAAUAA